AUGCCGGCUGCUGUCGAUUUUGACUCCCUCGACGUCGAUGCGGCACUCAUGCUGAUGAUCGUCGUUGGUGCAAUUGAACGGCAACACUCGGAUCGGCGAGAUCGGGGGAAUUUCGCUUCGCCUCAGAUGACGCUUGGACAUCUGCAUUGUCCGUUCGCCUUGACGUCCUCGUGCAUGGUCAACAGCCCUGGAGCCGCGCGCCUCGUCCGCAACGUGCGCUGCCAGGAUGAGCGCUAA